UUAGGUGGUCCUUGCAAUGGUCCCUGUGAGGACAUGAGGAGGGAUGGGGUCUGCAAAGACUCUGCCUUGUGGUGUCCCCCCUGCCCAGAUCAGCUCUCAGCUGGACCCUGCCCUGUGGUUGUGCACUGCUGUCUGUGGUGCUUUUCGGGCUCCUGGCUGCCUUGGUAGCACCGUGCUGGGCAUCCCUGACCACUGCAGCCCACGCAUCUUGUGCCACGUCCUGGUGUGGUAGCCCUGAUGUGCUGGCCCUGGCGGUGGCUCAGCCCCAGGGCUGGCUGGGAUGAGGGAAAUCAAUGAAUUCCCCAAACGGGAAGGUCCGGGGGAGGGGAGAGCACAGGAAAAAGUGCAGGCAGUGACGCGUGACGGGCAGAGCAGUGCCGGCCGCCCCGAGAGCGCAGCCCCAUGCAGUGCCCUGGAGCCUCUCACCCACCUCCACUGCCCACCGUGGUCCCCACGACCACGGCAUGUUCCGUUCGCGCCGAGCCGGGCUGGUGCGGAGGCUGUGGCGGCAGCGCUGUGCAGCAGCCAGCCCCGAGGACGGCCCCGCUGCCCUCAAGCCAGCGGUGCACGCUCUCUUCAAGAAGCUGAAGGAUGAGGAGCUGGAGCUGCUGGUGCAGGUGGUGGAGAGCCGGGGCGCCUGGGAGUCCGGCUGCGUUCUGGCACCACGGGGGGACCCACGAGGGGUCAAGCAGGGGCUCCCCCCUCAAGUCCUGCUCUGUCGUCUCUUCCGCUGGCCUGACCUCCACCAGUCCCAUGAGCUCAAGCACCUCUGCUACUGUGCUGGGGGCCAGGGAGCCUGCGGGGACUUGGCUGGGCUGUGCUGCAACCCCCAUCACUUCAGCCGCCUGGCUGUACCUGAAACCCCGCCACCCCCGUACUUGAAGGCAUCCUGUGGUCCCUCCUGGCCAGAGGAGCCCCAGCUGAUGGAGUUCAGCUACGACGGUGGGGACUGGUGCGACACCAGUCUCUCAUGGAGCACCAUCACGGACGGCUGUUGGUGCAAACUGGCUUACUGGGAGUACCGGACGCGCGUGGGCCGCCUGUACGCCGUGCACGAGGCGUCGGUGAACGUUUUCUGCGAGCUGCCCCGGGGCAGCGGCUUCUGCCUGGCACAGCUGCCCGCCGCCUACCGCAGCUGCGCCGUGCGACGGGCACGGGGCAAGAUCGGCCGGGGGCUGCAGCUGAGCCAGGAGCCGGGGGGAGUGUGGGCCUACAACCGCAGCGAGCACCCCAUCUUCGUCAGCUCGCCCACCCUGAGCCCCCCCGGGCUGCCUGUCCUCAAGGUGCUGCCCGGCUACUCGGCAAAGGUGUUCGAUUAUGAGCGGGCAGGGGGCACAGGGGGCUGGCAGCUGCCUGGGGAGGGGCCCUGGGACCCCCACAGUAUCCGCAUCAGCUUUGCCAAGGGUUGGGGACCCUGCUACUCCCGGCAGUUCAUCACCUCCUGCCCGUGCUGGCUUGAGGUCCUGCUGAACCAGCCACACUGAGAGUGGAGCUGGUGGGGGGGUGCCAGGGAGGUCUCCCAAAGCAGGUUGACGAGCUGGGGGCCCUUCUACUGUUCCUCAGCCUGUGUCUUCCAGGGCUGUGUUGCAGCAGGAUUGUCCUGGCUCUGGGGACUCUGUGCCUCAGUGCUGACUGGAUGCAGUGCCCCUCUUGCAGGGUUCACCACCUUGCCAGCACCUGCUUCGCCCAGCCAUGGGGCUCUCAGUGACACAGGACACUAUUUAAUAUCUUUUUAUUAUUAUUAUUAUUAUUUUAAUGUUUAAGUUUAUAUUAAUUUAUCUAUUUUUGUAAAAAAAGCAGAGCAUGAGGCAGGAGUCCCCAUUGUCAGGGCCAGGCCUGGGGGGUGGCAGCUAGGGCUGGUGGGGACACGGGGAGCAGGAGAGAAGGGAGGUGAGAGGGAAUGGGGAGGAAGGGGAAGCUGUGGGUCUAGGUGUAACUACAGACAAGGGGAAUGGGAGUGAACUGGUACAGCUGGGGGGGGGGAGGUGGGGCAGGUGAGCACAGCUGGAGUGAGGGGCAGGUCAGAACAUCUGGAUAGGUGCAGGGCAGGUUAGAACAUCUGGAUAAGUGUGGGGCAGAUUAAAACAUCUGGAUAGGUGCAGGGCAGGUUGGAACAUCCGGAUAGGUAUUGCAUAGGUUAGAACAUCGCGAUAGGUGUGGGGUAAGGUUGGCACAUCUGGGUAGGUGCAGGGCAGGUGCAAUGGGGGGGACAGGUGAGCACCCCCGGGGUGGGGACAGGUUCAGGGUUACCUAAGCUCGGUCCCAGGCCCGGGGGCUCCUUCAGCCGUUCUGGCAGCAUGCGGGGAGCCCCGAGCAAGCGCAGCCGAGGGGAUCCCGGAUUGCCCGAGUCGUGUCUGCUGUUUUUAUCCUAAAUAAACGGUGCCACGGGCACCAAGAGAC